CAAUGAUUCACCACCGGGCCAUGACCUUCGAGGCCAAAUGCCAACGAUACGGUUCAUCUAAGCUCCACAAUCGGCUAAUGCCCAAAAUUCACAAUUAACAGUUAACCAUGAUACUAUCUCUCGAAAUUUAGUGAGAAUCUACCUCGGCUCUCCAUCGCGAUACCGCCAAACAUCCUUUCUCUGAUCCAUAAACUAAGCCGCACAAUGGCCAGAAAGAGAACAGGAAGGGGCCAGUCGCGUUUCGACCAGCUCUCACGCAUUUUCAAGGCAAAGGCGAUUACAGAUAGUGCCUUAACCCAAAAGCAAUCGAAUUUCAGAGGCAAACGUAGCUUUCCUACUGAUGUCAGCCCCCUUCUGGUGUUAGCGUCCUUAAAUGCAACCGAGUCUGCCAUUUCCCAUUCUAUGGUACAGAGGAUAGACGAGCAGACUGAGGCUGCGCGCGAUAUGUCAAUGCGAGGCGAGUCGACAGAGGUUGCCCAGCCCUCAAGAUUCGGCCCUGACGUCACUUGCUUUGCGCUGAGACACCAUAACCUCAACGGUGGAGUUCAAUCGAUGUUGAAGGGCGAGAUAGAGGGCGGAAUGGAUCGCAAGCAUUUAGGAAGCAAGAAACAACAAACGAAUUUAGUUAAGCGAAAGGACCCAACCAAGCCAGAGGGUCCAGGGGAGCCAGUUGACGCAGGCAAUCCAGCUGAACUGGCUGAGUCCGAGGAGCAACGAGAUGAUGCAGAAGAUCCGAGAUACGAAGUCGAAGAAAUCAUCAGUCACCGCAUCAAAAACAAAACCGAAGUCGAGCUCGAGGCCAGAUGGAAUGGCAGCUCCAAGCCCACAUUUGUCGAUGAGCGUACAAUUCAAGAAGACUACCCACUUGUGCUCUACACUUACUGGGAACUCAGGGGCGGCCGCGAGGAAGCAACAGGAAUAAAUUUGUUUCACGUUUUUCAAAUCCGCCGGUGGAAGGUCAAAGACGAGAAAUUGCAAUUACUGGUGCAGUGGGUUGGAUACCCACCUAAGGAUUCAACAUGGGAGCUUGCUUGGAGGGUGGAGAAAUUUGCGACAGAGAUGCAUGGGGCAUAUUUAAAGACCCAUAGGGCUGCGAGAUCUGCCUGGGAAAAGGAGGAAAGUAAGACGCAGAUUUGAGGUAUCUGCUAUUUGGUAGCCAUGAUCCUUGAGUAGAUAUCAUACUUACGUUAUAGGAAGUUAGUGGCAUUGUACAAUACCAACCAGUAGGACAGC